AUGGAUACCAGCGAAGUUCGUGCAGAACACAAGUUUGAUAAAAUUGCUCUGGAUAAAUAUCUUGCGCGAUAUCUUCGUGGUUAUCCUAGCAAUUCAAAUGAAAAUCUGGUCGUCCGCCAGUACAGGUAUUACGUUUUUGUACUUUUCGAUGCUCAAUUUUCGUACAGAACUGCAGACGUAUUUGUGAAAUUUAUAUGUAGUUUUUGCAUUAGUAUUUUAGUGGGGGGGGGGGGAAUUUGAAGCAAAACCGCGAUCCGACAAUGGUCUUGUCUAAAUUUGAAUCCGCUAAAAGCUCUACUAUGAAGUUGCAAUCCAGGAACCGAACUAUAAAUUGCAAACUAAAUCCACAAUCCGAACCAAAAUAUUAGAUAAAUCCGCAAUUCGCUGUAUUAAAGAUGCGGUACAGUCCGAUCUGCGCAUGUGCACAAAGGAGCCCUCUUUUUAUUUACAAACAGUUUAUUUAGGUUUUUAUUUCAUUUUAUGUUCUUGCAAAGCUUGAUUGUUGUAUCUUGAUAAUUUAUUAUACUCUAGAAUCAUGAAAAUAUAAAUAGUUGUGGAAUAAAAUUCAAUGUUUUGGAUACCGAAAUGUAAACAAAGGCUUUGUUUAUAUACGGACUGUACCGCAUCUUUAAUAAGAUCUACAAAUCCGUGUAAAAUAUUCACCAGAUCCGAAAUCCGAACAAUUUUUUCUGUGAAAUCCGACAAUCUGAAAACCUAUUCACCCCCCCCCAUUAGUACAUUCCAUUUUUUCGCUUUCAUCAGACCUUCCAACUUUGUAGCAUGAAAAUGAGUGAGAUUUAAUUAUUUCUUGUAAUCUGAGUCAUAUAGCCUGCCGACGGCGGCCUGCCGUUGGCAGGCGUUGACCAAGGGGGGUUCGGGGGCAUGCCCCCCCUGAAAUUUUUUAAAUCUGGAGUCUCUGAAAUGCCAUUUCCUGCAUUUUGGGAGAAGAUUAACAGAAUUCUAAAGGUACAAAAAUGGCAUUAAAUAAUCUCAAAAGUAACACUUUUUGGACAUCUGCAUGCAAUUAUAAGUUUCAUUUAUUUUUUUAUUUCGUUAAUAUUGUUUAAAAAGUAAAAGUCAUUCUAAAUUUAAAUGUUAAUGAGUUAUAGUUUGCGCUUAUGUGCUUUGUUGUAUUCAUAAGUAGCAGAUUUAGCUGCUUUUAAUGCUAAUUCAUCACGCGAAAUUAAUAAGAUUAUAGUUUAUAUUUUACAUAAAGCGUUGUCUGGGGAAAUCCCUCAUUAACUAAGUGUCAAUUUACUAAUUUGCGCAAUAGUGCAACUUUUAAUACGCAAUACUAUGUUACACAGCAACUGCUCGAAAAAUACUUUAUUUUAUAGCUAUUGAUUCAGCUAAAUAGGAAUAUUUGCUUGCGAAGAGAAGCAUUAAAACAAAAGUUGGAUCGCUUCCUAUUUUUUCGCUUUUGCGUGAGAAAAUAGUGUUUAUGCGUGUGAGCGUGAGAAAUAUGUCAAAUGUGUGUGUCUCACGCAAAAUGCGUGAGAGUUGGAAGGUCUGCUUUCAUGUUUAGGUAAUAUUCUUUUACAUAUAGUACCUAUACAGUAGGUACAGUCCAAAUACUGUGGAAUUGGGGAUGACCCAGUCAUAUGAAGUCAUUGGAGUAUUAAAGGGUGGGAGGGGGGUACCCUUGCUCUACCACUGUAGCAGAUAACUGUUUUUGUAUGGUGUCAAAAAGUGGGUGUACCCCUUUAUUCCCCAUUAAACGUUCCUUUCUCAGUAAUGUUUUCAUGUGUAGACAUGGACAGUCGAAUCCAACAUUUUACAUGAGGAAAGGGUCUCAAGAGUUUGUAAUGAGAAAGAAGCCUCCUGGCAAGUUACUCAGACAUGCGCACCAGGUGAUGUCAAAUAUAUUUCAAUUUUAUUCCGGAGCUUUGAAAUAACGGUCGGAUAUCAGACAUUUUCUGACCAAAUUACAGUUUGUCCAACCAAAUCAUAGCUAUGAAAUAAAAUGUAUGACUAAAUUUAAAUAUUUUCAGUCAUUUUGGUUGGACAUUUUUUCCAAACAAUUUUCAAAGGCUUCAUUUGCUGUUUGAAUAAUUAUUCGAUGCUAUAAGUCCAGUUUAGGUAGAUUAUUAAACUGCAUGCAAUGUCUCCUAAAGGCCCUAAUUUAUACCCUUCUCUGACUGUUAUAUUUUAAGCUCAGAUGAGAACCUUGUGUCAUCUGAUGCAUGGUAAAGAGAGAGUUGCUUUGAACAACUCAAAGUGUGGAAAAAAGUUAGUUUGUUAAAAAAAAUUGCAUCUUUACCUGUGUAUUACAAACAAAUCACAUUAAAAAUCCUCAAAGUGGCAUUGCACCCUAGUGUAAUUGCUUUACUUUUUUAUUUUACUCUGUGUAAUGCCAGAUAAUUUUGCUCAUCAAAGUGACCCAGUGAUAAUAAAGCACUCUGUCUCUCUUUUCCUCAUUUUAUUCUCUCUAAGUCCUGAGGUUUUCACUUAUCAACUGAAGAUCAAAUAUUAAUGGAUUAAUUGAUGUAUAUACUUCAAUAUCUAUCUUACAAAUAUAGGUUGAAAGAGAAUUUGACUUUACAGAAGCAUUGCACAAAGUGGGUUUUCCAGUUGCAACACCUUUACAUUUAUGUCAAGAUGUUUCAGUUGUUGGUACUGAGUUCUACAUCAUGGAACAUGUCCAG